CGGAUCUGGCGCGCCGACUCGGGUGGCUGCGUCCAGGAACUCAAGGGCCAUAGCGGCCCCGUCAGGUCGGUAGCCUUCUCCCACGACUCGGCGCUCGUAGCGUCAGCAUCGGACGAUCGCACGGUACGGAUAUGGCGCACUGACGCCGGUGACUGCGUCCAGACAGUUCACAUUGGGUUUGUAUCUCACCUAUCGUUUGAGCCAGGUAACACACGCCUCCUUACCGAUCUUGGCCACAUUACCGUGCCUAAGCCACUAGUCGCAGAGGCAUCUGUGGCAUCUACUACUCUAGUUAUGCCUAGCCACAUUCGCGACCGCCGUUUCGGCUUCGGCAUUACCGGAGACGGGUGCUGGAUUUCCUGGCAUGGAAAUAACUUGCUCUGGUUGCCGGUGGAUUUCCGACCAACCUGCUCGACAGUGUUAGGAUCCACCAUCGUCAUCGGCUGUAGAUCGGGAAGGGUUAUUAUCGUGAGGUUUUCAAUCCAGGAGCUGCCAGAUCUCCAGUCUAAUUAA